ACAAUAAAGAAAAGAAAAGGAAACGGUGUCAUGUCCUUUUGUCAAUUCUCCAUGCCCACGCCUUUCGUCUGGCCCAUCCUCUGCUUUCCAUAAUUAAACCUCGCUAGAUGCCGCUAUAUAUGGCUACCUCACAGCACAUCCGUCUCCUCCUCUAUCUUCUUCUCCUUCCUCUUCUUGUCUCAGAAAUAGAUCAGGAACCAUGAAGUCACCUCCCCACAUGGAAGAGCUGAGGAUACAUCUACCUCCCUGCUGAAGGAGGGCUAAAUUCUUGUACGUCAGCGUCUCUAUUGUUACAGGGCCUAAACAUGAGCAGUUCCAACCCGGAAGCAUCAGCAGAUGAUUUCGAAGCAAGCAGUCAAGUGGCUUCCAAUACGUGCAUCCAAGAAACCUCUCCUUCUCUCAGUAAGCAGGACACGCCCAUCUCUCUUAACCUCUCCCUAUCCGUCAACGCGGACUCCACAGCGCUGGCGGUUGUCUCGUUGUCGAGCACAAGCGAGAGCAGCAGCGAGUCACAAGCGUGUCGCCCCCCCAACUCCCGCCGAGUCUUCUCCUGCAACUACUGCCAACGACAGUUCUUCAGCUCCCAGGCGUUGGGCGGCCAUCAAAAUGCUCACAAGAGGGAGCGAACGCUCGCCAAGCGGGCACUCGGGUUAGAUGCGUUUCCACACAAUUAUAGCAGCAUUGCAUCAUUACCCCUCCAUGGCUCAGCUCUCCAUUCCCUGGGAAUCAAGGCACACUCAUCGAUGCACCAGAGAAUGAUGGAGUGGAGGGAAAGCCCUGGCACUAAACUCCUUGGAAGAGGCUUGCUCGAGCCAAGGCCUGUCUUUCUAGAUGAUUACGACGUGGAAUUCUUCUGGCCUGGAAGCUUUAGGCCGGAGGCAGAUUCAAGUCUUGAGCUGCUUGGGAGUGCAAAUUCGGUAAAACUGGAUCACCAGCCAGCAGAGGAGCCUGACCUUACUCUCAGGCUCUAGGUGUUCGACAUUGGUAUCUCUUCAAGAACAAUUUUUCUUCUGACAAUGUACAGUGAGGCAUGUGACGGUUUAGCAAGCUUCUUGUUUGCUAGACUUGUGCUUAGGUUUGGAUGUGGAUUCUUCAUUGAUUUGUUAUGAUUGGCUUUAGAUUGUUGCA